AUGUCUUCGACAAAUGCUACCCAGAACGGGUUGAAAUCCCAAACCGACGCUUCUACGCCAGACUACACCAAAACCCCGCCCGUCAUGUUGACCACAAUGGUUGAGAGCAAGUUCCUAUCGAACCCGGAGGACCUGGGCGUCGUAGCGGUUGGAUUCUCCGGAGGCCAGUGCAAACCUGGCGUCGACGCAGCUCCUUCCGCCCUUAUCGAUGCCGGCCUCCUGACCCAGCUGCACUCGGAGCUUGGAUAUCGCCUGCAUGGCCACACCAAGGUUCAUCUGUACGGUGACCUCGAGCCUGCAAACGACCCCCCGUAUAGAAACAUGAAGAAGCCGCUCGCCGUGUCGGCUGUGACGCGCCGUAUCGCAGAACAGACGUACGAGCAGGCAAGAGAGGGCCGCAUGGUGCUCACGCUGGGCGGCGAUCACAGCAUUGCCAUUGGAACAAUCGGCGGGGUCGCCAAGGCAAUCAAGGAGCGGUUCCAGGGCCGGCGCGAGGUGGCCGUCAUUUGGGUGGACGCGCAUGCCGAUAUCAACACCCCCGAGACUUCGGACAGCGGAAACGUUCACGGCAUGCCCGUGUCUUUCCUCACCGGACUUGCGACGGAGGACAAAGAGGAAUACUUUGGCUGGCUGACGGACGACAAUCGCAUCAGCGUAAACAAGCUCGUCUACAUUGGUCUGCGGGACGUGGACCCGGGCGAGAAGAAGAUACUGCGCGAAAACAAGAUCAAGGCAUUCAGCAUGUUUGACAUUGACCGACAUGGCAUCGGCCGGGUCAUGGAGAUGGCACUGGCGCAUAUCGGCACCGACACGCCCAUCCACCUCUCUUUCGACGUGGAUGCGCUCGACCCCAUGUGGGCCCCCAGCACGGGGACACCGGUCCGUGGCGGCUUGACGCUGCGCGAGGGAGACUACAUUUGCGAAUGUGUACACGAGACGGGACAACUGGUUGCCAUGGACUUGGUCGAGGUGAACCCAAGCCUGUCGCCGAGCGAUGGAGACCCUGGAGCGCACGAGACGGUGAGGGCGGGAUGCAGCUUGGUGAGAUGCGCAUUGGGAGAGAGUUUGCUGUGA